AUGCUUGCAUUGAGCUUUUGUCAGUCGAAACCCAGGGACUGAGGCAGAGGCUAAUACUCCACUAUCGGUAUAAUCUGUCGCUCUGACUCCAGCCUCAUAGGAUCCACUAUGACACGUGUCUCUCUGAUGAUCCUGCUUCUCGUUUCAGCUCUCCUGCUGUCAGCUCCAGAGGCCUGGGCUACGGAUGAGGUGUCCAGCGAGAAGGUGUGCAGCUACUUUGACGUUCUGACUCAACUGAACAUCAGCAAAGGCAACGAGCUAUAUACAAUGACUCGCCCCAUCCUGGACUACAGAAAUCAGACCAUAGUACAUCUAGAGAUAGCCCUCUAUGGCAUUCUGGGUAUGGAUGAAAAAGAACAGAUGUUUGUUGCUUCUCUCUUGACUUCAUUGCAAUGGCACAGUGAUCUGUUCUCCUGGAAUCCCGAGGACUUCUGUGGCAUUACCUACAUCCCUUCCAUUCCCAAGAAGCUCAUGUGGGAACCCGAUAUCAUCAUUGAGGAAAUGAUUGCGGAGGACAAGGCCCCUCCCUCGCCCUUCCUGACGCUGUACUCUAACGGGACUGUGGAGCUCAACAGGGGCAUGGUGGUGGUCAGCACCUGCCUCAUGCAGAUCUUCAGCUUCCCCUUCGACACACAGAGAUGCACUCUCACUUUCAAGUCCAUCACCCACACGGACAAGGAGUUGAGGCUCCUCGCCCAGGGCUCCAACGCUGCACCAGGAUGACUCGCGAGGUGUUGCGGACGCAGGACGAUGUGGACGUUCUGCAACGUGAAUGUCACCAAAUUCAGCGAAGACUCCAUAGAUCACAUAACAUACACUAUCACGAUGAGGAGAAGGCCGGUCCUGUACGUCGUCACCCUCCUGUUGCCCAUCUGGUUUCUUCAUGUGCCUGGACGUGGCCUCACUGUUUCAUCUCCGAGAAGGGCGGGGAGAAGCUGAGCUUUAAGGUCACGGUGAUGCUCUCUGUGACGGUGCUGCAGCUCAUCCUCAACGACAUACUGCCGUCCACUUCCAGCAGGAUCCCGCUCAUAGCGACCUACUGCGCGGGGAUAUCUCGCUGAUGCUGUUGAGUCUGUGCGAGACCAUUGUGGUGAUGCACCUGAUGGAGAAGGACUUCCACUUCAAAGUGAAGGAGGAGGAAGACUGCAGUAUGGACGAGGACAAAAAGAUCUGCCCAUA